CUCAGCAGGUUUGCUUCUCUCCCCAUAAUCCCUCUCCGGUGGGCGCCAGCGUAUAAAAGGGAGGGGCGCACUCUGAACCGCACACAUUCUGAGUGAGGCUCGCCGCAGACACACACAGACGGUAAUCAUGUCCAGUGGAGAUAAAUCCAAGACUUCUUCCCAGACCGACGGGAAGGCUGCUCAGAGCAAGAAGUCUGAGAUGGGAAUGAUGUCCUACAAGAUGUACGUGUACGACCAGGAGAACUUCCAGGGUCGCAUGAUCGAGAUCAGCAACGAGUGCAUGAAUGUGUGUGAGUUGGGCAUGGACCGCGUGCGCUCCGUGCGCGUUGAGUGUGGACCCUUCGUGGGCUUCGAGCAGAUGAACUUCUGCGGCGAGAUGUACAUCCUGGAGAAGGGAGAGUAUCCUCGCUGGGACUCCUGGAGCAACUGCCAGAAGAACGACUACCUGCUGUCCUUCAGGCCCGUCAGAAUGGACCCCGAGAAGCACAAGAUCUGCCUGUACGAGGUCGGAGAGUUCAAGGGCCGCAAGAUGGAGAUCAUGGACGAUGACGUUCCCAGCCUGUUCUCCUACGGCUUCACCGACAGAGUUGGCAGCAUCAUUGUCAGCUGUGGAACCUGGGUGGGAUACCAGUUCCCUGGAUACCGUGGCAGCCAGUAUCUGCUGGAGAAGGGCGACUUCAGGCACUUCAACGAGUUCGGCGCCCGCCACCCUCAGUUCCAGUCUGUGAGGCGUAUCCGUGACAUGCAGUGGCACCAACAGGGCUGCUACACCAUGGCCAGCAAGUGAGGCUUAGGGAAGGAGAGAAAGAGAAAGAGCGGAGGUGAGGGAGAUGGGCGGAGGAAGAGGGAAAGGGGGAGAGAUGUCUGAGGCCUUUACCUCAGUACCUUAAACGGUCUACGAUCUGACGCAGGGAGGGGAAGGGUGAGGCUCUAGAUCUGCCCCUGAUCAGAGACAACGCCUCAGUGGAAGGACCAGCUGGACCAUGAAAACCACCAGACCAUCCUCCAUUCCUCUCUGUCUCUACUUUUCUCUUUCUCCCCUAUGGGCUGAGCUGUACUUUCCCCCCUUUCCUCCUUUUUUUAGUCCCUCACUUCAUUCCCCUCCACUGUCCUCUGAGACACCAAAGAGGGAACACAACGCCUCUUGCUGUUUUACACACGAUUCUCGGCUCAGGGUAUGAUGCACCGUGGGAAACUGAGUCUCUCUCGAGCCCCCUACUCCCCCGUCUUCUUGCCCUUGUGCAUCACACACCCUCUCUGCUGUACAGAAUCCUGGCCAAGUUUUCAAUAAAAAGGAAAAUCUUGAUUUCAA